AUGCUCCUCGAAACUACUGGUAUAGCAGAUUUCAAGGUGGGCGAUGAAACCUACCAGACGUGGUACAAGAUCAUCGGCGACCUCAAAUCGGGCAAGCCACCUCUCGUCACUCUUCAUGGAGGGCCGGGCUUUACGCACGAAUACGUCCACAAAGCUUUGACUGAAUCUGCUGGGUACGCGACGGUGAUUUUCAUGCUCACCUUUGAGGUUAGGCUGAGUUGGCGCUCCAGAAUCCCUAUUGUGGCGUAUGAUCAAAUUGGGAACGGACGUUCAACACAUCUGCGUGAUGCCCCAAAAGAAUUUUGGACACCAGAACUUUUCAUGGAUGAGCUCGAUAACCUCCUCAACCAUCUAGGCAUCUCCGAGUGCUUCGACCUCGUUGGCCAAUCAUGGGGAGGAAUGCUGGCUGGGCAAUACGCGGCAACUCGUACUCCUAAGGGCUUGCGGCGCCUUGUGAUCCUCAACUCUCCAGCUUCGACGGAACUCUACGAGGUAGGGACUAAUGCCCUUCUGGAAAAGUUCCCGCCAGAUUUCGUUGCAAUGCUGCGGAAGCAUGAACGAGAGGGCACGACUAGCUCGAAGGAGUAUGAGGAUGGAAUGAUGGUGUUUAUGAAGAAACACGUCUGCACACUGGAUCCAUGGCCCGAAGACGUCAUGGCAUCUUUUGAAUCGUUUGGAAAGAAUCCAACUGUUUAUCAUACAAUGCUGGGACCGUCAGAAUUCAAUGUAACCGGAACACUCAAGACCUGGUCCAUUGUCGAUGUCCUUCACCAGAUCACGUAUCCCACCUUGAUCGUCAGCGCGCCGAAUGACGAAGUACAGGAAGUUGCGGUUAUGCCAUGGUUCUUGAGGGUUCCUAAAAUCAAGUGGCUGGAACUCGCGAACAGUACACACCUGGGAUUGUAUGAAGAGAAGGACAGAUAUCUUCGAGCCCUCAAAGAAUUCCUAGAAGCCUCCGUGUAA